UUCACUCUUAUCAUGUUUCUCUUUCUUCUACUUCUUCAUCCCAGAAAACUCCUAUUUUCUUUUUCACAGUUCGAAAGUUUGCAGAUUUAAAGAGAUGUCUGUAGCUGCCUAUGCAUCAUUGGUUUCUCUUACCCAUGUCCUCGAAAACAUUCAUUACCGAGCUCAGCUUCAUCAUGUUCAUGUGGACAUAAAACGCAUCGAAGCUUCCCAAGAAAUUGUCAAUUUCUUCUUAGAAUUUGUUGAAGUACACUCACCAAAAGAAGGGCGAAAAAUCGAUGAUUUGUGGAGGCAAAUAUCUAAAGUUGCCUUUGAAGCAGAAGAAAUCAUUGAUUUGCAUGUCGUAAAUCAACUUCAGGUUCGAUUUACUGGAGUGAAAGUUGAUUCGGGCUGUUCCAAAUUCAACCAAGAUAUAGACGGAGUGAUCCGAAAGCUUGACCUCAUCAAGAACGAAUUGUUGGUGGUGGAUGUUGGAUUUGGUAAACAAUCCAAAGUAUCUGAGGAUGGUGGCAACUCAAUGACAGUGAGCGGGGGAACUUCAUUGAAAACUAAGUCCGGUGGAAAGACUACGAUCGUGGGAUUAGAUGAGCAAGUGGUCGCGAUUAUGGAUAUGCUGACUAGAGGCCAACCUGAGCUCCAGAUCAUCCCUAUUGUUGGGAUGGGGGGUAUCGGUAAGACUACUCUAGCUAAAGCUGUUUUUGACAAUCAAUAUAUUGUCGAACACUUUGAUAGACGUAUUUGGUGUACAAUAUCACAAGUGUACGAUGUCCAGGACAUUCUACUAAGUCUUUUAAAAGAUUUGAAAGUUGGAGCACCUGAUGAUGAUAAAAUUGGGGAAACUUCGCACAAAGAAUUGUUUUGUCAUCGGUACCUGAUUGUUAUGGAUGAUGUCUGGAGUAUGCAAGCAUGGGAUGAUUUAAGGAGGUUUUUCCCCGAUAAUUGUAAUAGAAGUCGGAUUUUGAUUACUACUAGGCUUUCUCAAAUGGCUGGUUCCUUAGGCUGUCCUAACCCAUAUUCGAUGACAUUUUUAAAUGCGAAUGAGAGCUGGAAUUUAUUCUGUCGUACAGUUUUUGGGAAAGAAUAUUGUCCGUACCCAGAAUUAGAGGAAUCUGGAAGGAAUAUUGUGAAAAGAUGUAAAGGACUUCCAUUGGAAAUUAUUGUAAUUGGUGGCUUACUUUCAAAAUCCGACAUGUCCCGGGAAUACUGGGAAUAUGUUGCAGAAAAUGUAAGUUCAUUUGGUAAUUCAGGAUACGAUGAACAUUGCUUAAAAAUAUUAUCUCUAAGCUAUAAGAAUUUGCCAAUUCAUCUCAAACCAUGUUUCCUCUUUCUCGGCUCCUAUCCUGAAGAUCGUAAGAUUGGUGUCACCGACCUAACUCAGAGGUGGAUUGCUAAUGGAUUAAUAAGAACUGUGGGUGAGAAAAGUUUGGAGGACAUUGCUAUGGAAUUCAUCAAAGAUCUCAUUGCUAGAAAUCUAUUUUUUAUCCAUGAACUGACUUCAAGUGGUGAAAUAGAUGUCUGUGGUAUUCACGAUCUUUUAAGAGACUUUUGCCAUAAAGAAUUUGACAAGGAGAGGCUUAUGCUAUGCCCAAGGGUGCAAGUCGUGAAAUACACCCGUGGAAGUUCAUGUUUUCUUUGUGGCGAAGCACUCCGCUAUAGAAAUGAGAGAGAUGUCGCGAAAGUUGUUCUUUUAUACCCUUCACUGUCAUCGCCAGUUCGUUCUCCAUCAGUUUGUGGUGCUUGCAGAAGGAUUUAUUCUCAAGUUACUAAGGAAAGGUUUGUGGGGAUAAUCUGUGAGGACUAUGAAAAUUUAGCAUUGCUGCAUCAUACUCAAGUUCGAUUAAUUUCUUUAUAUAGUUAUGCAAGGGUGAGACAUGUAUUGCCAGGAUCACAUUUUCUCUGGGAUCUUCAGACAUUAAAAAUAGAUGUGUAUGAUGGGUCGAGAGCGACAUAUUUGCCUAGUGAGAUAUGGGAAAUGCCACAGCUUAGGCAUAUUUAUGUCGGCGAUGGUAUUUUGCCCGAUCCUGUAGCUACUCAUGUCGAUGGGGAAGGCGCCAUUAUUCUCAAGCAGCUGCAGACUCUUUCUGUAAUACACUACUUCAAGUGCACUGACAAUGUCUUGGACAGAAUUCCAGAUCUUAAGACACUUCAGAUCACAUACGACUCUGAGUUUGACGAAAGUAUAGCUUUGCCGGGGCAUUCUCUUUGUAAUCUUGUCCAACUUCAGAAGCUUCAGUCAUUGAAAAUAACACAUGCUCUAGAAAACAUUGCAUUUCCGACUUCACUUAAAGAUUUGUCUUUGAAGGGAUGCAGAUGCAGAAUUCCUUGGAGUGAAUUGUCGAUCAUCGGGUCAUUACCCAAUCUUGAGAAACUUGAAUUGAUUGAUUCGACCGAAGGGUUUGAAUGGAAUCCGGUUGAUGGAGAAUUUCUUCGAUUGAAAGAACUGACCAUUGCUAGUACUAAUCUAGUGCAAUGGGUAGCUGAUCAGAUACACUUUCCUACUCUUGAGAAGCUUCACCUUUAUUAUUUAUACUCAUUGGAAGAAAUCCCUUUAGGCAUUGGAGACAUUCCAACGUUACGUGCAAUUAGUUUGGUUAAAUGCAGCGAAUCUACCAUCGAUUCAGCGUGGCAAAUAUGGAAGGAACAAGAAAGCGUAGAAAAUGACACCCUUGAGAUUUGUAUCAGCCACUAUGAGAGAUGGUACUCAAUCAAGGAUUUCAUGGCACCACGUUGGAAAAAUGACGAGUCGGAAGAUGAAGAAGAUGACGACUCCAAAAGUAGAAGCGAAAAUGAAGUUGAUAAGCCUAAAAAUAUAGGCAAGAUGAAGCUGAUGAGUCUAGAGAUGAUCCACAGUUUUUUUCUCCAUAAUUUUUACAGAUUGAUAUACGGAGGGAGACGAAUUAUGCAGCUUUGGUUUCCCUUAUGCGUGUCAUCGGCAGUGUUCAUUGCUGUGCUUAGCUUCGUUGCCUUAAAAUUUAUGUAAAACAAAUUGAAAUUUUCCUCUGAUUCACUGUUGGUAAUUUUUGAUAAUCUGACUGUUUGUUAUCCUUCUUUAACUUGCUACAUUGAAUUCUGUAACUAUGAAAUUAAAGUCUAAAGUAGACAUGAAAGUAUUCGAUAUGUUGUAUGACUUACCAGAUGUUAGAGA